UUCUCCCCGUGCCCCGUACCUUCCGUUCCCUUUCUCCCGUUCGCACGCCGCCUCGUGCCCUCUUGCUCCCAGAUCUCGUGGCCAUCGCCAUUCCCCCCUCCGCUACACGCCGAGCGCCCGCGCCCAGAUCAGGCGUCUCCGCUGCUCCUCGCGUCCUCGCCCCAGCCCUUGCGGCCUCGCCCCCGUCAUCUCCCGUGGAGGACUGCCGCGGGGUGGUGACGAGAGGAGAUCCGCCGGGGCUGGCUGCUGGUUGGUCGGCUGGUCGAUCCCUUUCCUUCGUUUGUUGGUGCCUGAGCCCGGGGUUUGGAUAGUUUCUUUCGCUCCGUCUGUUGCGGAUUGGAUUCCUGCGGCUGCUGCUGCGUCGCCGAGUGCUGAUUCCAGCUUGUUCCCCUCCCCCCCCUGAGAUUGUACGAGACGGACCGCCCUCUGGCGCGGAGGCCGCACAGGCAAGGCGGCGCCGGCGGCGAGAUGAAGGGCGCGACCAUCCCCUCGGUCGCGAUCAUGCCCUCGCCGCUCUUCCUCUGGCGGUUUAAGGUUGUGUUGUUUCUUCUCUGGGGCUUAUGUUGUUGCAAGAUAAGUUGGGACUCAGUUAUGAGAAUGAGUGUUGAUCUCAGAGACUUAUUUCUUUACGAGGCUUUCUUGUACUAUAAUCCUCUUCUUCUUGUGGCCUUGAUGAUUUGGUUGUGGGGAGUAAAUCUAUGGGUCUUUGCACAAUCAUCUGUGAAUUAUGCAAAAGUGUUUGAUCUUGCACAAACACAUUUAUCUCACCGAGAGAUAUGGAGGUGUGCUACUUGGCUGACUUUAAUUGUCCCUACUAGCAUGACAGCCUACCUAUAUCUGUACUCACAUGGAGAAGUGUCUCUUGCAGCAUCUCAACCAGUUCUCUUGUAUGCUAUUCUUCUGAUGAUCCUCCUUUCUCCUUUUGAUAUGUUUUACUUAUCAUCACGCUUUUACUUUCUGAGGACAGUCUGGCGUAUAAUACUGCCUUUACAAGCAAUUACAUUUCCUGACUUCUUUUUGGCUGAUAUUUUUACAUCCAUGUCAAAGGUGUUCUCAGAUCUGGAGCGUUCGGUUUGUCGUAUGGUAAAUCGCCAGGUUGCAACAAUCGCUUGGUUUGAAGCAGAUUCUGUUUGUGGCAGUCAUUCUGUAGCUAUUCCUCUUGUUCUUGUGUUCCCCUACUUGUGGCGUUUCUUCCAAUGUCUCCGGCAGUACAAGGAUACAAAGGAGAAGACAUGUCUCUUGAAUGCUCUCAAGUACUCGACAGCAAUUCCUGUGAUUUUUCUUUCUGCUCUCAAGUACCAUGUAUAUCCUGAUCAGUGGGUUGGCUUCUACCGGCCCCUUUGGCUUAUCUCUAGUGUUAUUAAUUCACUGUAUUCCUUCUACUGGGAUAUAAAGCGAGAUUGGGAUCUGAGCAUCCUAACCAGGAUUUUCAUGUUCAAAAACCCAAGCAUAUGGACUAAUCUUCUUUAUGGGCAGAACUGGGUAUUCUACUGGGUGUUGGGCAGCAAUUUGGUUCUGCGAUGCACAUGGACAUACAAGCUCUCAGCGCAUCUUCGGCACAACUACCUGACAGUGUUCACCAUAGCAGCUCUGGAAAUACUGAGACGGUGGCAGUGGGUGUUCUUCCGAGUCGAGAAUGAGUGGAACAAGAUGACAGCCAAACAAAACUUGGAGAUGUCAUCUGACAUGCCUUCCGAAGGAGACAGGCUACUGGAUUCUAGUAACCAUACAGUAUGAGCUGAACAGAACAGUAAUCUCAUAUUUUGUGAUACAGAUUCAUCACCAUUCUUUUAGAGUGACCAUUAUAGCCAAUUUUACGUCGACGGUUCAGAUUUUGUCUGUAGAGCUCAAAAGGUCAGGGAUACAUGAUAGGUUUCUAUAUAAAAGAAGUUGAAAUUUGUUGGCGGCUACGGAUGUAAUCCUCUUGUGGGGAUGUAUACUGUUGUAACCCACUUGAAUCCAACGAGAGGUAUUUGUUGACACAUGAAAGAAUAAUAGUAAUGCUGAAAUUUUACGAACUUUUUUCAGA